AUGGCUCCCUUUGGAAAAAACUUGCUGAAGACUCGGCAUAAAAACAGAUCUCCAACUAAAGAAAUGGAUUCAGAAGAGAAGGAAAUUGUGGUUUGGGUUUGCCAAGAAGAGAAGAUUAUCUGUGGGCUAACCAAACGCACCACCUCUGCCGACGUCAUCCAGGCUUUGCUUGAGGAACACGAGACUGCAUUUGGAGAGAAACGAUUUCUUCUGGGAAAGCCCAGUGAUUACUGCAUCAUAGAAAAGUGGAGAGGCUCUGAACGGGUUCUUCCUCCCCUAACUAGAAUCCUGAAGCUUUGGAAAGCAUGGGGAGACGAGCAGCCUAAUAUGCAGUUUGUUUUGGUUAAAGCAGAUGCUUUUCUUCCAGUUCCCUUGUGGCGGACAGCUGAAGCCAAAUUAGUGCAAAACACAGAAAAACUGUGGGAGCUCAGCCCGGCAAAUUACAUGAAGACAUUACCACCAGAUAAACAAAAAAGAAUAGUCAGGAAAACUUUCCGGAAACUGGCUAAAAUUAAGCAGGACACAGUUUCCCAAGAGCGAGAUAGUAUGGAGACAUUAGUUCAUCUGAUUAUUUCCCAGGAUCACACUAUUAAUCAACAAGUCAAGAGAAUGAAAGAGCUGGAUCUGGAAAUUGAAAAGUGUGAAGCUAAAUUUCAUCUUGAUCGGGUAGAAAAUAAUGGAGAAAAUUAUGUCCAGGAUGCAUAUUUGAUGCCCGGUUUCAGUGAAGUUGAGCAAAAGCUAGGCUUGGAAUAUGAUGAAAGGCAGAUUCUGGAGGACCUGAGAGAAAGUGAUGGAAUUGUACAGCUGGAGGAACGACUGACCUACUACAGAAAGCUCAUUGAUAAGCUCUCUGCCGAAAUAGAAAAAGAAGUAAAAAGUGUUUGCAUGGAGAUAAAUGAAGAUGCAGAAGGGGCAGCUGCCAGUGAACUUGAAAGCUCUAAUUUAGAGAGUGUUAAGUGUGAUUUGGAGAAAAGCAUGAAAGCUGGUUUGAAAAUCCACUCUCACUUGAGUGGCAUCCAGAAGGAGAUUAAAUACAGUGACUCAUUGCUUCAGAUGAAAGCGAAGGAAUACGAGCUCCUCGCCAAGGAGUUCAAUUCCCUUCAUAUCAGCAAUGCAGAUGAGUGCCAGCUAAAGGAAAACAGAGGAAAGGAAUCUGAGGUGCCCACCAGCAAUGGGGUGGUUUCUCCUUUUACUCAAAGAAUAUUUAACAUGUAUACAAAUGACACAGACUCAGACACUGGUAUCAGCUCUAACCACAGUCAGGACUCGGAAACAACUGCAGGAGAUGUGCUGUUGUCAACGUAG